CUGCCCAGAAUCAUCAAAAUAUAGAAUGCCAUCAGAGGGAUAGCAUUCUACAUUUUAUAAGUAAAUAUACAAACAAGCAAGCAGAAUUUAUAGAAUACAGUCUGUAAACUAACCUUUAAUGCAAUAGUAUCUUUUGGUUUUUCACUGUUCCUUUCCCUGUUUUCCUCUACUCUCACCCAGAAAAAGAAGGUGGAACCCAAGACAAACAAAGCUUGCUCUAAUAUCAUCAUCCCCACUUUCCAAGAAAAGCUCAGAAGAGAAGAGAGAAGGACACAUCCUCUCCUCUACUGACCCAGCAACGCUAUGGAUCUUCAAACCCAACUAGAGCACAUGACUGAGAAGAACUGGAGUAAAGAGAAAAUGGAACUGUUGGAACGUUUCGACAGUGAAAGGAAAGAAUGGGAAUGCCAAUGGAAGGUCAUGCAGAAGAAAAUAGAAGAGCUUUACCAGGAGGUAAAAUUAAGGCGUGAAAACAAUAUGAGUAUCUCAGAGAAUAAGCCCAUUCAUAACAAGGCAGAGCAACAGGCUUGCUCCCCCACCUUAGAAUGGAGUGACCCACCAGGAUUGUACAGCUGUUCGCCAGAUAAAGAGAGUUUGCAAAGCCAAGCCGAAAAGGAAAGCAAGUGUGCGAAAAACAAAAGGCGAAACCAUGCUUUUGCAAAAGAUCAUCUCACUUUUCAAAAUUCUAAGGAGUCUGAAGACUGUGUAGAUUUGAAAACAACCAAGAAUUACACUCAGGAUCUCAACAUUGCCCUUAAAGAACUUGCCAAAGUAAGUGAAGACUUGUGCACCUACCAAGAAGAAAUCCGUAAGAAAGCCAACCAUAGAAGGAAAAAAAUUUUUCCUUUCCUUGGAGAAUCCAUUGAAAGUGGGAAUGCAUCGAUCACCCAAGAGACAAGUCAUGUAUAUUAUAAGAGCCCAUCACUGGCUGCAGUUGCCUCUGAGACGGAAAAGCAAAAUAACAGAAGGAAUCUGAUUAGCACCAACAGGCAUUUGAAGGAAACUCCAUCAACUGCUCUUUCUGAGGUUGAGGAAACCAGCUUUUUGCCUUGGCAAAGACAAGAAGGGCCUCCUGUUCCCCCCAGAAGCACCUCUCGGCAUUUGACAAGCUCUCUUGCAGAUGUUUCCGAAGCAUUAGCUAAGCAUGUUGAGCAAAGAAAUAGCUGCACAACCCAAGAACAUCCAGAUGGAAGUCCAUUAAUCUAUCCAGCUGCUCCACUGACAAUGUCAGAUGAAUGUAAAUCUCUUAGUGGGCCUACCGAAAAUCAGGAUCAGUAUAAUGACCACAAACUUCCAGCAGCAAUUCUUCACAGUGUGUGGUCUUGUGAGGCAAGCAAAUUUGAAAAUGGACCUGAAAAUGGCUCUUCCAGACAUGCUCUCCAGAAGUGUUCUUCUGAUGGAUAUAUGAUGACCCCAAAACAGCAUCCCAAAUUUCAAAGUAGUGGACAUGGUACCAGUAAUUCUUACAUUGUAGCAUGUGAUACACUGGAAGAUUCUGGGUAUGAAACUGGAAAAACUCAACGCAAUGAAACACUGGAAGCUAAAAUUGAUGAGUUCAACCGGACUGUAUUUCAUACAGAUAAAGGUAAAAAAUGUUUGCUGCAGAACCAAACAGAGCUGCCUGGUGUUCCUAAAGCCCACUGUGGACUGCUGGACAGUCUGAACAAUGGGACACCAAAUGAAGAGUCGACUUACGAUUUGAAUUCCAAGCUGUCUUCAAAGAAGGAAGAAAAAGCAAACAGGCCCAGUAAAGAUGUCAAAACAAAACGACAACAAAAGCAAAUAAAUGGAGUUUUAAGUGGCUACCAGCACAUGCUUCAUGAACAUGACUGGAGGCCAAGUAAUUUGUCUGGUCGUCCACGAUCAGCUGAUUCAAGGUCCAACUAUGGUGUUGUUGAGAAGUUGCUGAAAAACUAUGAAAAACAAGUGCAGUCUGAGGCUGAAUUUACUGAGGGCAGCUGCAAAAAAAUGGGUCAUUAUCCAGUAAUCCAGACAGAGCAAGGAAAGCAGGAGCAGCAGAAGAGUUCAGUGAGACACCUUGGACUGUAUACCAAGCAUGGAAAAGAGAAGCAGAAAUUUCCUGAGGUAUCUCUGGCGGCCAAGCAGUCAAAUGGCAAGGCAUUCUCGCGGCCAACUCUCCCAGCAAACAGACGCUUACCUUCCAGAUGGGCCUCCAGGUCUCCAUCAGCACCACCAGCAAUGAGAAGAACACUUUUGAAUGAAAUGGCUUGAGACAUUUCAGUGGGUCUGAACGUACUUCUGGAUUCAGGACUGAUGUGAAAGUACCAUGUUUUUUGAAACACACUUUUCCAUAUUCACAACCAGAACUAGUUCUAUGCAACUCUACUACAUCGGUCAAUAAUAACUAUCUUUUUGACUUGCUGAAAAACUCUUUGGAUUCUUGGAUCAUUCUUACUGUCUUCAGUGUUUUAUCAGUUAGAUAAGGAUUCCCUUUUCCCUGAAUGUGUAUGUGUAUGUAUGUAUGUGUAUACAUAUAUUACUCGUAGUAAUUUUUCUUUGAAUAUCAUGUCAUUAUUCAUCUCCUUAAUCUGUUUUUAAUUUAAAUUGAGUGCUGUACAUUCUGACUUCCCCCACAAAGGUUAGGAAGAAAUGCUGUGUGCAUGAUCAUGUCAUGUUAGAUGCAUGUGUUGAAAUAGCAAGUGCAUUUAGUUUGUAACUACUAUAGAAAAGAUUAUUGCCAUACCAAGAUGCCUACGUAUAGUCAUGCAGUUUUCAAAGUUUGAGAUUUGUUUCAAGGUACGUACGAAUGAAUGAAUGAAUGAAUGAAUGAAUGAAUGAAUGAAUGAAUGAAUAUAUCAAUAUAGUCCCUGGGAGAAUGCAUAAAAAGUGACCUGCUGGAUUAUGCAAAAGCCCAUCUAGUCCAACAUGCUAUGUCUCCCAGGGACCAAUACAUCCCAGGGAAAUAUAUUCCUGCCAAUACUUACAUUCUGUAUAUCUUUUAUAGGCUUUACAGGUCUAGUAUUUAAUAUAAAAAAAAUUAACUUUAUGCAUUUUUUAAAAAAAAAUGCAUGCUAGCAGAUAGAAAGUUAUUUGCAAUGAUGUCAUAGAAGCUGAAUGGACUGGUUUUUCAUUCAUGCUUCACGUGUCACUUUUAAUCUGCCAUUCUUGAAAUGUUGCAAUGCUCAAUCUGAUGUUUUACUAACAUUUUUUUUCCAAUUCAAAGCAUCUACUUAUAAGUAUUAGCUUUCCUGAAUGUACAAGCAUUUCUAAAAAGAACUUCUAUUAUUUCAUUCAGUAUUACUGUAUAUGUCUUAGAAACUAGACUCAGAUAAUAGCAUCAGAAGAAAUGGUUGGAUCGUGUCAAAAUGCCCAUCCUGUCCCUGUGACCAACCCUAUGCAGUAGGACAUGAAGUGGAAAGCCUCUUCUUUACACCCCUAGCAGUUAGUAUUUCAAGUAGUCUGUUUUUGGACUUGGAGAUAACAUGCAGUAGUUCUUGACAGCCUUGGGAAGCUUAUUUGAUCAGCAGCAUGGGUUGAGUCUGGGGAAAGAAGGAGACAGAUGUCUACUCAGCAUCUCAAAAGUAAAGCUAAACUUAUCAAGAGACACAGAUCUUUCCAUGCAACUUAUCCCUUGUCCUGAUAUGACCGCUUGUGCCAGCUGCACCCAGGGAUAGAUAAAUGUGCAUUAUAACAAUGUCUAGACGUGCAAACAGAUAAAUUAAUGGCAUGGAGACAAGCUUUACAAAUGGUAGUUGUGAUCGCAUGAUGGCUCAUGUAGUUUUUUAAUUCCACUUAUUAGCCUUUUUCUCCAUUUGCCUCAAUGUGAAAGUAUAGGAAAUAGCCUUGAAAGAUAGGAGGAAGAGCCGUCAACAAGGAAACGGCCACACAAUCAGGUCUUUGAGCCCAGGCUAAAAAAGCAAUCUGAGAAAAUGUUUUUGACAGGUUCUCCCUAGUUCAUCCAGAUGAAAUGAGCAAAGGGGAAGCACUUCAUAUUUGCAAGAUUCUGUUACUAUAGCUGUUACAAUAAAAGUAGUCUUGAUCUAUAUGAUAUUGGUUUCAUAGCCUGGUCCACCUUGUGGGACACCCAGUAUGUUUUAAAGGAAUAGUGAAAUCACAUACAGAAUUAACAUUAAGAUUUUCCUGGAUAAGGAUUUCUUCAUAUGGAUUCAAUUACUUUCUUAUUUGAUUGCCUACCUGCACUUAGAGAUUCUGGUCUUUAGUAAAGCAAAGUUAAAGGAUGGAGGCAGAUAGAUAAGCAAUAUUAUGGCUAUCUGCCAUGAACCUACUUUUUUGGACUUGUACUCAGCAGAGACGACAGCUACCAGCUUACCAUAAUAAAUAGAACCAGCUGUGGCGAGUACUUGAAUGGAAGCUCACCAGGAAUCCCAGCGCUCUAUAUUAGAUGAGAAAUCCAAAACAACUGUCAGAAAAAAAAUCAAUCAGCGGUGGGUUGCUACCGGUUCGACCCGGGUCGGGCGAACCGGUAACGGCCACGGCAGGAGGCUCUGCCCACCCACUCGGACAUCUCUGUGCAUGCACAGAAGUUUCUGUGUGCACAAGCGUGCGCGCUCCCAUGAGCAAACCGGUAGCAGCCGAAAUUGAAACCCACUACCAAAAUCAAUGGCAAACCAUUCUACUCUGUUUGUUAAGUGAACAAAGGGUCAUGUCUACAUAGCUGUCAGAAGUUGAGCUUGAUUUAAGGAAGGCUUUAUUUUACUGAACUUCAGAUAGCCAAGGCAACUCCGUAAUUCUGCUCCCUGACUGAUAGAAAUGGCUGUCAGUUAUGAGUUCACUUGAUUUUGGCACAAGCUUGACAGAGUGUGUAAAUAUUGCGUCCAGAUGGGAUUGCUGUGGUGCCAGAAAUCCUAGACGAAUGCCAUUACAGGCAUGUAUUUCCCUUAAUCUAUCUCUGUGUUGUUGGCUGUUGAUAUGCUAUGUAUGUAGCCUGGUUUAUUUCUCUUACCAGCAACUGAAUGAAAUAUCAAUUCUGCAAAGCUGCCUUAUUGAAAGUCAUUAAAAAUCUUCUUCCUCUUUA